CAGACAACGGCGGUGACAGUCUAGACCUUUUCCCUCUUUAUGUCUACGGUCCUCCUGCAGCAAGUAGACGAGAAGGCCGGAAGCCGGUUCUGGCUCUGACCCGGAAGCAGUCCACGGGGCUCGGCAGCCGAGUGUGGCUGUGCGGAGAAUGGCUGCGGCGUUCAAGAAGGCGGCCAAGGCCGGGCAGCGCCAGCACCGCGAGCGAGCCCAGCCUGCUUUCCGGAAGCACCUCGGGUUCCUCGAGAAGAAGAAGGACUACAAGCUCCGUGCCGAUGACUACCACAAGAAGCAGAAUGCCCUCCGGGCACUUCGCAGGAAGGCCCAAGAGAAGAACCCCGAUGAAUUCUACUACCGAAUGACCCGUGUGCAGCUGCAGGAUGGUGUUCAUGUGAUUAAGCAUCAGGAAGAAGAAUCCACACCGGAGCAGCAGAAGCUGAUGAAGACGCAGGAUCUGAAAUACAUUGAAAUGAAGCGAGUAGCUGAAGCCAAGAAAAUCGAAAAGCUGAAGUCGGAGCUCCAUCUGCUGGAAGCUGAAGGGAAGCAGCCCAACACGCACACUUUCUUCUUUGACACAAAGGAGGAAGUGCAAAAGUUUGACAUUGCCACCCACCUGAAUACGGCCCCUGAGCUGGUGAGCCGAGUCUACAACCGGCCUUCCCUUGAAACUCUGCAGACGGCAACCAUCCAGGGGACCACGGCUCCUGCCCAUUUAGAGAAAUUAGCCCAGCAGAGGAAAAGUCAGUACCACUUGCUGAGGCAGCGCAUCGAGCGCGAGCGGAAGAUGUUUGUCAUUGCCCAGAAGCUCCAGACCCGGAAGGAUCUCUUGGACAAAACUCAGAAAGUGAAGCUGAAGAAAGAAACUGCCAGCCAGCCAGCUAUUUACAAAUUCCAGUUCCGGCGGAAGCGUUGACUGCUCUGCCCCGCCGGAGGCCUGGGAGGAACCACUGCCCACCCAGAUGGCUUUCCUCAAAGGAGAGAUGGCAUUGUGCAAGUUUUCUGUUUAUUGCCCACCUUGUAGUCUUUCAGCAUCAACACUGCCCUAUAAAUACUUAUUUUUCAAAUCGA